AUGAUGCGCGCGGCGAGAUAUUACGGCAAAGAAGAUGUUCGCAUUGAGGAUACCCCGAGACCUCAAUUGAGUUCUGGUCAAAUCCUUAUAAAGCCUAGUCAUGUGGGCAUUUGUGGCACUGAUCUUCACGAGUACAUUGCUGGACCUACCUUCGCCCCUGUCGAGCCGCAUGCGAUCACCAGAGAAACCAUUCCAAUUGGCAUGGGACAUGAGUUCAGCGGCACUGUUCUUGAAGUCGGCCCCGAUGUCCCGAAUCCAGAGAAGUUCCAGGAGGGUCAGAAAUGCGCUAUCCAGCCAACGAUAUUCUGUCAGAGCUGUGGUGCUUGUCGCAACGGAGUAGAGAAUGCAUGUGCCAAUGGUGGAUUCAUUGGCCUCAGCGGUGGUGGCGGUGGUUUGAGUGAAGCAGUGGCUGUACCUUGGGACGCAGUACUCCCCCUACCAGACAACGUUGAUCUUGACACAGGAGCACUCGUCGAACCCCUAUCAGUCGCAUGGCAUGCCGUCUCAGCAUCUCCUCUCCUCGACAUCGGGGCUCAGAACGCCUCUGUGCUAGUCCUCGGAGGUGGACCCAUCGGUCUGGCAGUCGUCCAAGUCCUUGUUGCCCACGGAACAAAGAAGAUAAUCAUGAGCGAGAUCGCAGCACAACGUCAGGCCUUUGCCAGAGAGUUCGGAGCACACCACGUCCUAGCACCGAACGUAUACGAUGUAGUGGGCGUCUCACGCGAACUCUGUCGUGGGGAGGGUCCAGAUAUUGUGUUUGAUUGUGCCGGCGUACCUGCCAGUUUUGAGUCAGCAUGCAAAGCCAUCAAAGCUCGUGGUACUGUUGUCAACGUCGCAAUCUGGGAGAAGCCAGUGUCAUUCAACCCGAACAGUCUGGUGUUCAAUGAAGGAAAGUACGUUGGUGUGCUUGGCUACCAGCGCAAAGACUUCGUGGAGGUCAUCAAGGCCAUCGCAGAUGGCAGGUUACAGCCCAACAAGAUGAUUACAAGAAAGAUCGCCCUGGAUGACUUGGUUGAGAAGGGCAUCUUGGCUUUGAUCAAGGAGAAAGAUAGGCAUGUGAAGAUUUUGGUCGACAUGGAGAUGACUUGA